AUGGCGAGGAGUUCCAUGGCCGUGGUGCUCGCCGUCCUGGCCGUGGCGGCGCUCCGGUCCGCGCCGGCCGCCGCGGAGCUCCCGCUGGUAGAGCACCCGGCCAAGAACGACGGGUCGCUCAGCCUGCUCGUCAUCGGGGACUGGGGCCGCAAGGGCACCUACAACCAAUCCAGGGUCGCGGAGCAGAUGGGGAAGGUCGGGGAGAAGCUGGACAUCGACUUCGUGGUCUCCACCGGCGACAACUUCUACGAGAACGGCCUGACGGGCGUCCAUGACCAGCAGUUUGAAGAAUCCUUCACCAAUAUCUACACCGCCAAGAGCUUGCAGAAGCCGUGGUACCUCGGCUUUUUGUUCCUUCCAGUUCUUGGAAACCAUGACUACCGGGGCGAUGCGGUAGCACAGCUUGACCCGGUCCUGCGCAAGCUCGAUGAGCGAUUCGUUUGCAUGAGAUCAUUUGUUGUCAAUGCAGAGAUGGUGGAGUUCUUCUUCAUCGACACCACUCCAUUCCAACUCAAGUACUGGACUCACCCUAAAGACAGUCACUACGACUGGAGAGGAGUGGCGCCUCGAGAAAACUACAUAGCUAAUCUGCUGAAGGAUUUGGACGAGGCAAUGAAGAAAUCAACUGCAAAGUGGAAGAUUGCUGUUGGGCAUCAUACCAUGAGGAGUGUCAGUGACCAUGGGGACACCGAGGAGCUCCUGCAAUUGCUUCUUCCAGUCCUCGAGGUUAACGGCAUCGACUUCUACAUCAAUGGGCAUGACCACUGCUUGGAACACAUUAGCAGCAGAGACAGUCCAAUCCAAUACUUCACUAGCGGAGGCGGUUCAAAAGCAUGGAGGGGAGUCUACCAGCCAAAUGAUGAUAAGCUCCAAUUCUUUUAUGAUGGGCAAGGGUUCAUGUCCCUCCAGCUAAACCAGGACCAAGCUGACUUCAUCUUUUAUGAUGUUUCUGGGAAAGUCUUGUACAAGUGGAGCUCGCGCAAAACAAACUACUUCCAGCCCUCCAUCUAUGUCACUGCAGAAUGA